AAAAAGCCAGUCCGGUGGCUUUUCGGGGCCCCCCGUCCCGCCGCCGAGCUCCCGAAUAAAAGGCCCCGGAGAAGGGCAGGGAGGACAGAAGGGAUCAAGUGGGUCUAUCCGCCGUGACCUCGCCUCCGUUGGACCGAAUUCGUUCUCCACCCUCCUCCGGUAUCAUCAUGGCUUGUGGCUCCGGCUUCGGGUUCAGGAACUUCGGCUGCCGCUCGGCCCUGGUGCCCCGGUUCGGGGACCGUUGCUGCAUCAGCGCCGCUCCCUACCGCGGGGUCUCCUGCUACCGGGGUCUCGCCGGCUUCGGCAGCCGCAGCCUGGGCGGUUUCUGCGGGGGUUUCCGCGCCGGCUGCGGCCGCAGCUUCGGCUACCGCUCCGGGGGCGUGUGCGGGCCCAGCCCGCCCUGCAUCACCGGCGUGUCGGUCAACGAGAGCCUGCUGACCCCGCUCAACCUGGAGAUCGACGCCAACGCCCAGGGCGUGAAGCACGAAGAGAAGGAGCAGAUCAAGUGUCUCAACAGCAAGUUCGCCGCCUUCAUCGACAAGGUGCGGUUCCUGGAGCAGCAGAACAAGCUGCUGGAGACCAAGUGGCAGUUCUACCAGAACCGGAAAUGCUGCGAGAGCAACCUGGAGCCGCUGUUCGACGGCUACAUCGAGACCCUGAAGCGCGAGCUGGAGUGCGUGGAGGCCGACCGCGGCCGGCUCGAGUCCGAGCUCUACCACGUGCAGGAGGUGCUGGAGGGCUUCAAGAAGAAGUAUGAGGAGGAGGUGGCCCUAAGAGCGACAGCUGAAAAUGAGUUUGUGACACUCAAGAAGGACGUGGACUGUGCUUACCUGCGCAAAUCAGACCUCGAGGCCAACGUGGAAGCCCUGAUUGAGGAGAUCAACUUCUUGAGGGCGCUGUACGAGGAGGAGAUCCGCGUGCUCCAGGCCCACAUCUCGGACACCUCCGUGGUGGUCAAGAUGGACAACAGCCGGGAGCUGAACAUGGACUGCGUCAUCGCCGAGAUCAAGGCGCAGUACGACGACAUCGCCAGCCGCAGCCGGGCCGAGGCCGAGUCCUGGUAUCGCAGCAAGUGUGAGGAGAUGAAGGCCACGGUGAUCCGGCACGGGGAGAGCCUGCGCCGCACCAAGGAAGAGAUCAACGAGCUGAACCGCAUGAUCCAGAGGCUGACGGCCGAGGUGGAGAAUGCCAAGUGCCAGAAUUCCAAGCUGGAGGCGGCCGUGACCGAGUCGGAGCAGCAGGGCGAGGCGGCCCUCAACGACGCCAAGUGCAAGCUGGCCGGGCUGGAGGAAGCCCUGCUGAAGGCCAAGCAGGACAUGGCCUGCCUGCUCAAGGAGUACCAGGAGGUCAUGAACUCCAAGCUGGGGCUGGACAUCGAGAUCGCUACCUACAGACGGCUGCUGGAGGGAGAGGAGUGCAGGCUGUGCGAAGGUGUCGGAGCUGUGAAUGUCUGCGUGAGCAGCUCCAGGGGAGGCGUCGUGUGCGGCGACCUGUGCGCGACCGGGGCCCGGCCGGUCACCGGCGGCGUCUGCAGCGCCCCUUGCAGCGGGAACCUGGUCGUGAGCACCGGCGGCCCCUGCGCCCCCUGUGCCACCCCUGCCCCCUGUGGGCCCGGGGGCUCGUGCAGCGGGAGCGUGGGAGUCGGCUCGUACGGGCUUGGCGCCUUUGGCUUCGGAAAGUGUUAGGCGACAGGGACAGACCCUGUCCCCCCAGGAGCCAGAGCACACCCCGUUGGUCUUCCCCCUCCCCCAGCAAGAAGAGCUCUUUAUAAGUUGCUUUCUGCCCCCUCCGAAAAUGACCCCUGCCCUGCCCCGCGCCCUCUGCCUAUGUGCCCGGAUGGUGCGUAGUGUCCUGCGUUUCAGGAGGGUCCUGAGCCGUGGGGCAGCCGCCGGUUCAGCUGCCA